CUACCGCUGUGCCACCGGGCCACCUGGUUGGGUUAUUGUUUGAGAAACGGUUGCCUUGGAUCCACUAACGACCUGUUGUUCCACUCUGACCCAGGCCACCGGAUGAAGUGCGAGUACAUGGCACACAAGGAGGGGGUGAUCAGAGAGGAAAUGUUGAUCGCCAGCGAACUCAAGGACAGCGCCUCGGUGAAAGUGACGUUGCAGGCCAGAGUCCUGGAUCGUCUGCACGGGACCCCCAUGCUACUGGAAGGGGUCAAAUGCAUCGGCUCCGAACCAGAGUAUGACUCCGAGCAAAGUGACUGGCAGGGCUUCGAUUAGACACCACCACAUCUCUACACUGCCUUCAGCCUCAGUGGCCACCUCCCAAUGUCACACUCGCUAAGCUGUGAAAUCCUCAACUGCCAAACACAGAUUGUACUCUCUCUCUCUCUCUCCCCCUCCCCCUCACUUUCCUUCUCCCCCUCCCCCUCGCUCUCCCCCUCGCUCUCCCUCUCCCCUUGCUCU